CCCCCUCACAAACAACAGCAGCAACCACGUCGGUCAAAACACGACACGAACAACAACAACAACAGCAAUGCCGCUGCCCACGUGAGGGAUGUGCCCGUCCGUGGCCGAGACGUGGAGGUGAAGCGGUAUUGGGGCUGCUGCGGGUUCUUCACGUGCGGCGUCUCUCUCAGAACUCACUGGGUGGCUGUGACGGGAAUCAAACCCUCGCGUCCUCGCAAAGUGGCUCAGCGGUGAAGGUGCGCAGUGCAACCCCAGGCUCUACCCCCCCCCCCCCGUCCUCACCAUCUCGACCAAGCGGAUCCACCUCUUCCAGGAGUCGAACCGAGUUUCUACGCUGUGGGGCUCGUGUGCCGCCUGUUAAUACAGAGCCGCUGCGAAGGGAACAGCGCUGCUGGCGUGCGGAAGGCGGUGCGCGCCCCGGCCCUGUCGACGCGACGCCGUGAAGCGGCAGCAGCAGCCGCCAAUUCGUCUUCUCAAGGCGGUUAUCGAUAGGGUUCUGCCCAACGGCGUGGCCGCACUGCAUCAUGGGAAAGGAAACCACCUCGCCGCAAUUAGGGGCAGCCGCAGCAACGGGGCAGAGUUUGGAAGCGUGAAACGCACCAGCGACUCGGAACAAAGGCCCUCGGUUGUGACCCCGUUGAUUUGACGAGGGCUGAUGGAUUCAUUAAGAAGCCAAGAAGACCGGUAGGCUGAGCAAGAGGAGGAGGCCCCUGCAAAAGGGAAUGUGGGGAAACGGCUGACUUACAAUGCGUGCGUUUCUCCACUUUUCAGUUUGAGUGUUAUUUUUUGUUCUUAUCGGGCGAAGGCUCGUGCAUCUCGACGGUCAAAGAAAAUUUGCGUGGAAAAUUUGCACGAAAGAAAAUACACACGAGGAAAGUGCCGAGAAAAAUUGGCUUCGGAAGUAAAGCGCAAAAGAACAAAACAAUACUUUUGCAAGUUCCCCCGGCGUGUGCAGCCAGACCACCUCUGAAUGUCAAGGCGUAGUUUUUUUUUCCCCUCUGUGAAGUCCUGCGACGUUGGGACGCGGCCAAGAUCGCCGAGGCAGUUGAGUGCUGCGCACCGACCGUGAGCACCGUUGCAUUGUGGCGUCCACUCUCGCACAGGGCAGCCGAGGUCCGCAUGCGCGAAAAUAGAUUUUGGCCGAAAGCAGGCAGAGACAUUGACUUUCCGUUACCGCGCCAUCUCGCCGGCCGCCGCGUUUAGACGCGCAGGAUGGCAAUGGACGCGGGAUAAACCGGGACCCGUGCGUCCGUCCAUCCUUCGGCAACGCCCGUCCCUCCGGCCGACCCGCCGAUCGACGAGCAACGCGAGUGAAACUGAGCGACCCGCGCGGUCGAAACGCGCCAACGACAUGGGCGCACGCCGGCCCUGACGGCGCCCAACUCGCCGCUUCUCCCCCCCCACCACACGAGACUUGUUCCAGGCACGCGAGCACGCGAGCGCUUGCUGCCGCAGACCCCGGUCUCCUCUCCGUCUCCGGUUGUAGCCACGUGGGGCCGCUCUGCCACGCUCAGCAGCAGCGGCGGUGGCGGCUGCAGCGAUGCCGUUUUAAGCCGAGUGACGCGGGCGUCGGGAUUCCUGUGGAUUUUCUGCGCUAUUUUAAAGCGUCACAAAAGGAGCCGAUCUUCGCGCUCAUCGCCUCCUCUCCCGAGGGCCACAAGAACCCGGAGAGCUUUGUUUUUUUCCCCUUUUUCCCCACCACGCACCCCCGCCGUCGUCACAACCCCAUCGCCAGCCGGCACAGCAUUGCGCCCGGCGACGCCCGCUCCCCUCGUUUAAAUCCGUGGCACCGGUCUCCACGAAUCGCAUCAAGGCAUGUCGUGGAUGCGGAGCCUCUUUCAGCCGGGCGGCGGGCGGCCUGGCGGGGGGCGCCCUGCGGGCUCCACCCUGCGCAGGGGCCACCUCCUGGGCAGCGUGACGUCGCUGGCGGCCGCCAAGGGCCUCCUCAACGAGCCCGGCCAGAACAGCUGCUUCCUCAACAGCGCCAUCCAGGUGCUGUGGCAGUUGGACGUGUUCCGGAGGAGCUUCCGCCAGCUGUCCGGACACAAGUGCCUCGGAGACUCCUGCAUAUUCUGCGCUCUCAAGUCCAUGUUCAGCCAGUUUGAGUACAGCGAGAAGAAGGCGCUGCACUCGGACGCGCUGCGCUCGGCGCUCGCCGAGACGUUCAAGGACGAGGACCGCUUCCAGCUGGGCCUCAUGGAGGACGCGGCCGAGUGCUUCGAGAACCUGCUGCUGAGAAUCCACUUCCACCUGGUGGGCGACGUGCGGGAAGACCUGUGCACCGCGCGCCACUGCGUCACGCAUCAGAAGUUCGCCAUGAACAUGUUUGAGCAGUGCGUGUGCAGCCGCUGCGGGGCCACGUCGGACCCGCUCCCCUUCGUGCAGAUGAUCCAGUACGUGUCCACCACGGCCCUCUGUGAGCAGGUGCACAGCAUGAUGGAGCGCCAGCAGGAUCACUUCCACCCGGACAUGUUCGGGGACGUCCUGCGGCAGGCGAGCACCGCCGGGGACUUCAGAGCCUGCCCCAGCAACUGCGGCGAGCGGCAGGUGCGUCUGCGCAAGGUGCUGAUGAACUCCCCGGAGAUCGUGACACUUGGACUCGUGUGGGACUCUGAGAACUCUGACCUCUCCGAAGACGUCAUCCGCAGCCUGGGCACGCGGCUGCAGCUGUCCGAACUGUUUUACCGCGUGACGGACGACAAGGCGAAACGCACGGAACUGUGGCUGGUCGGCAUGGUGUGCUACUAUGGCCACCACUACUCCACCUUCUUCUACCACACGCGCCUGCGCAAGUGGAUCUACUUCGACGACGCGGAGGUCAAAGAGGUCGGCUCCAAGUGGAAGGAGGUGGUGUCCAAGUGCAUCAGGAACCACUACCAGCCCCUGCUGCUGCUCUACGCAGACCCCAAGGGUUGCCCCGUGUCCACGUCCGAGGCCCCCACCGAGACCAUGUGGCUGGGGCCCAGCCGGCAGCGCUUCGGCAGCGUGGACUCUGGUCGAGAGCCGUCCAUCUCCAGCGACUCCAAGACGGACUCCUCCAAUGAGUGCCUGCUGCAGCCGCACUCGGACUCGUCCGACUCGCAGACCACGGUCAUCCACAACGCGGGGCACGACGUGCCGCACGCCGUCGCUGGCGUCGCUGCCACGAGCGCCGCCGCCGGGAGCGGCAGCGGCAGCAGCAAAGCCGCCGAAUCCCCAUCGCACGAGCGGAACCGGCAGCAGCGCAACAGCAAGGGGGGCAGCGCCGAGAAGAAGCGCAGCCAGAGCAGGCCGGCGCGCGUCGGCAGAGACGGUGACCCGGCGCCGCAGUCCGGCUACCACAGCGACGGGGAGGCUCUGAAGGAGAAGUCGCGUUCCCGGCAGAAGUCGGACGACGCCAAACAGAAGCCAAAGCAGGAAACCAAGCAGCAGCAGCAGCAGCAGCAGCCGCAGGAGCCACCCCGCAAAGACAGCGGCGGCCACCGCUCCGGUACCGCGGCAGAUCCGGCGUCGGCCCUGCCAACCGCCGCGCCCUCCGCGCCGAAGCCUCCCGCGGGCUGCGCCGACAAAGAGCCGCGGCGGCGCGGAAGCGGCGGCGGCGACGCCAAGACGGAGUCGCGGUCCGGAUCGGCGGAGGCCAAGCCCCAGCGCGGCGUGCGGGGCUGGCGGCCCAACCGCGAGGCGCUCAACGUGGACAGCGUGUUCUGCGAGCGGCGCGAGAAGCGCGGCGGCGCAGCAGCGCCGCCCGCGGGCAGUCCCGCGCGGCCCGGCGGCGGCGGCGGCGGAGCCGUCGGCGCCGCAAGCAGCGGCAGCAGCAGCAGCGGAGCGAGCAGCGGCGGGAGCGGUGGUGGAGUCUCGGUCGGAGGGGGCGGCGGCGGCGGCGGAGGAGGAGGAAGUGGCGCGGGCGGUGGAGGGGGUCCAACUGACGGCGCUGUGGUUGGGAAGACGGAGCAGCCGGACAGAGCGAGGAAGGCUCCGCACGCCGACGGCAAGCUCCCGAAAGCGGGGGAAAAGAGCGUCGAGGAGGAGCGGGACUGGCUCAACGGGCCUCUGCUGCGGAUCGAGUCCGGCUACGACAGCGGCGACCGCUGCAGCAACAGCUCGGCCAGCCUGGACUUCUCCCCGCUGGCGGAGCUGGCGCUGGGCGGGUCGCACGGGGAUGCGCACGCCGCCACCGACGCCAUCAGGCCGGGCCCGCGGGCUCGGGGCGACGCCACCGGCGACCACGGCGGGGACAGCGUCGCCUCGUCCGACCCGGACUCGCCGCACCUCCUAUCGCGGCACGCCUGGCCCACGCCACAGCCCAAGUCGCCCACGGUCCCGUGGACGACGUCUCAGAUACGGAGGGCUGCCAUUGGCGCAAAGGAUGAUGGGAAAUCGACAGCGGAGGACAUCGCAGCUGCGGAAAUGACGUUUAACCCCAAGCCGUCGAAAUUCAUGGACCUUGACAACCUGAGCCUACCAGCAGACAGCCAUGAGGAGUCUGCGGAGGAAGGCGGCAGUCCGACCGAAACGACCGGUCAGCUGGAAGCGUCGGAAGGCCUCGGCAUCACUGUCUACCAGUACGUGGACCCUGCCUCUAACCACCCCCUCGCCGCCCCUAACACUCGGGGCCGUGCCACGGACACUGCGCGGGACCCCCUCCUCUCCUGGCCAGACGGCCGGCCCGCUCACCCUGCCCCCAGCUGGAUGGCGGAUCAUCCGCUGCUACAGCCGCAAGGUGCAGAUGUAGCAGCGCAGCGUGGCCCCCCCCUCCCCAUGACGGACGGCCCCCCCGUGUCGCGCGCCGGGGCCGCCUCUGCCGCCUCUGCCGCCGCUCGCCUCUCCCAAGCGACGCAGACGUGUGGGCCGGGGCCCUGCGACGAGUGCGGCCACGUGCGGGGCGCGGGCGCCGUCUAUAGCGCUCACUACCUCCUCUACGGCCCCCCGGCCGAGCACCACCCGCUCCCCCCCUCCUCCUGCUCUUCUUCCUCCUACUCCUCGUCCUCCUCCUACGCCAGGAUCUCCUCGUCGAGCGACCACCUUUCCGGCGAUCGCCUUUCUCCGUGCGGCGGCGGAGAAGGAGGGGAUCGGCCGCCCCUGGCGCGGACCAAAAGCGACCUCACCGCCAAUCGGCGGCAGGCGCUGAAGGAGCUGGCGCCGGGCGGCUUCCGGACGGACGGCUGCCUGUCGCUCAGCACGUCGAGCGUGUACCAGCCGCGCUGGGCCGACGCUGGCGCCCACCUGCGGCAGAGGCACAUCACCUUCUCGCUCCCGGCGACCGAGCCGGCGGGUGGCGCCGGCGACGAUCCGCGGCGCUUCCCGUUGGCGGCGGCGGCGCCGCGGCCCGCGGACUUCGGCGCGGGGGCGCGCGGGUCGGACGCGGUGGAGUCGCUCGUCUCGCCACGGAGAGCCAAGCUGGGCCCCCGCGGGGCGCCGCUGCGGCUCUCCUACGAGUCGGUGCACUACCUGGUCGGCUGCCCGCAAAACCUGCCGGGCAAGUGGCGCGCGGAGCGCGGCCGUGGCGGCAUCGGCGACGGUGGCGCGUGGGUCUACGUCAAGGAUCCGCCGACCCCCCCGCCGUCUCCUCUCCCUCCCCUCCCUCCCACCCUUCCCGUGCUGGCGUCGCGACCGCCGCCGGGCGACCGCCCGCGGAGCCUGACGGAGUCGGCCGUGCCCAGCGUGCGCUCGCUCAUCGAGCAGUUCCAGGACGCUUGCUGGGGUGGCCCCGUCUCUCCGCAGCUGCCAAUGCAGCGCCUGGGAUUUCUGCGCCAGCAGCAGCAGCACCAGCAGCAGCCGCCGCAGCAGCAGCCGAGCAUGGGCGGUGAUGGCGAGCGCAGGACUUUGGAAACGGUGUCGCGCGCGGGAAGCAUUGGCAGUGUUGGCUGCGGAGGCGGCGGCGGCGGCUGCUGCUGCGAGGGCGGCGCGCACGCGCGGCGAACUCACUGCGGCGGAGCCCUGGCCGACGCCGCCACGCAGUGCGAGCAGCCCGGGGAGCCCGGCGUCGACGGCCGGCGGCUCGGCACGGUCGCGGCGGCGAGCGAGGGCUCCCCGUGGCUGCCGUGGCACCAGCAGCAGCACCAGCGGCGGCCGCAGCAGCGGCGGGAGUCGGCGGGGGCGGACGGGAGGGACGGCGUGGAGGCCGAGGUGUCGGACCUGGAGUCGCUGUACCGCGCCAGCCUGCAGGCCGGACACGGCGCGGCACCGCGAGGGGCGGCCGGCAGGAUGGCCGUGGCGCAGGACGGGGCGCGGCAUCCGUCCCCCACCUCCACAGCGAGUCCCGGUUGGCGCAAGCAACACUCGGGCCCGGCAUACAGCGUGGCGCUGCGGGCCCGGUCUCGCACCCCGGCUCCUGCCGCCGAAACUCUCGCCGGCGUGCAGGACGCCGUGGGGGCCACCGCCGCCGCCGUGGAGGAGCCGUCCUUCGUGAUUUAAGGCGCCAGGCGGAGGCGCAGCAGCGACAAGCGAGCGGCGGCGACCGCCACCCCGGCUGCCAACUCGCCGACCGCCCCCCCCCCCACCACCAUCACCGCCGCCCCCUCGCGCGACCCCCCUCGCCGAGGGGCGGCUGCUCCCGGCCGGGCUGCAGUCGCCGUGAAGAACGUGGAGUGGGGGUUGCGCAGAGAUGCACGCUUGCAUGCCGACUUAGAGCGCCACAAAGCGGUGAACUGGAUUCACAGCUGCAGCCCCCCAUUGCUGCUAGACCAUUCACCGCCAAUCAUUUCACGUUGAUUAAUGGGUUUUAAUUGUUCUACGAUUUUUUUUUUCUCUUAAGAUAGAAGUUGUAAUCACAAUGAACAGCGUGGCUUUCGUAGUCUUAGGCGUGGCUUUGUACACUUAGCAGUUCCGCACACUCCCCACUGAUCGCACAGUCAACGAUUUGAUUUCUGUGUGCUAAUUAACGCGCAGCGAAACCGAGUUAGAUUCCCGUGCCACGGCUAACAUCGGUGGCAAGUGAUACCUGUACAGUUUCGGAGCCUCCCAAUUCACCAACCUGCACUGACCAGCGUGGUGAAGUAUGGCACAACAGCCUGACGUGGUGUGGGGGAGGCCUUCAUCUAGCAGUGGAUUGACAAAGCACUUAUCAAAGUGUAUAUCAGUGACCACGAUGGAGACGUUACAGAUCCCAGGACAUUAUCCACAAGUGAAAAUUUCUCGCCAUGGCCCGUUAAUAUUAUUUUCCAAAUGUCACAAUAAGGAGUUCUUCCCUUCAAUGUACGUACAGUUGGCUGUAAGUUGCUUAAGGUCCCCGGUUAAGUGAUUCACUGUUCAUCGCCGAAGCAUGGCAAAUGCCGCUCUCAUCGUGCAAUAUAUACGCGUGCCCUUCGCCGUUCUUAGGACCGCGGUUGCGUGGACUCCUCGUGCGAAUUCCACCAUCGUCUCUGACCCCCCACCCCCAACGUCGAAUCGCAACGCCAAAUCGGGAUAGGCUGGUUCAAUCCCGGUGGCAUUCCCACAUGGUGGUAAAGGUCGCUGUUGUUAUUUGUUUCCCGUUUUGCCACGUCGUUUGCCAUCGUCGUCAGCCUCGCUUUCAUCGCCGUCGCCCCCUUCGGUUUUUCCCCCCCUCCAAACGCGUGAUCCUUGCGAGGCCCCCCUCUCUCGUGUGUCGCACUUGGGAGGGGACCGCCUUUAGCCCGAAUCGUCGCGGUCCGCUGUCGCCGAGAAUCCAGUUCGCCGCUCCGAGUGGCCGCCGCGGUGAUGAUGCCUGUUGUUGUUCCCUUCGUUCACUUACUGCCUCCCCCCAAGCCGCCCCCGGUUCCUGAAUGCCUUCUCAAAGACCGAAGCAUUUUACGCAUGGCAGCCCGCACGCAAGAAAACUCCUCCCCAACCCUCUCCCCCCUUUUAAACGAGCAGAUGACUGCAGCAGCAACAACAGAAACAACAACAAUAAUAAUAGAGAUAAUACUGUCAAUGACAUGAAUUAAUCGCCACCUUGCACUACACUAAUAGGCGUGUAAAUAUAACGCGCGCGCGUACUUACACCUUCAAUGGGGCAUUGCAUUGCACAGAAAGCGUGGUUUCACUGCAGGUUUCUCUAGUCUUUCACGGCUGCAUCUGUCGUGCACGAAUGUUUCUACGUUUGUAUGCAACACAAAGUAUCGUUUGCGAGCGAGCUCGAGGUGUAGUGCAUGCGGGUAAUGGCAUUUGAUCCGAAAACCUAAGAUUUGGUGCUGGCAUUAAUAUUAUUACUGUUAGUAUCAUAUUAUAUUUAACGUACAAAAAUAAUGUAAAAAAAUGGAAAGUUUAAAGAAAUGUACAAUAGCAUGUCUAUUAAACUAGAUAUAACUUUUUAUCAGUACUUUAUGGAAUCACGCGGUUAAUCAACCUUCCUUUAUACUGUUUCUUGCUAACGUCACCUGAAAAAAAACUACCUUUUGUAAAACUCACUAAAUAAACUACUUACAGACGAAUCACUCCUGUAAAUAGACGUAGCCCACACGUGUACAUACUAUAUAGAUAUAUCCCACGCUGUUGUAUUAUUUUAGAGGCUUAAAAGAGAGCAGGUUAACUGCAUAUUUUUGGUAUUUCUCGUGAAAGGCUCUUUGUAACGAAGCUGCUUGGACUGAAUCGUCGUUUUAAGUUCACAGCUGUAUAUUGGAAAGAUUAAACUUUUUUUUAUCCGAAUGCAAAGUGUUCCCCCCCCCCCCACCCUCUUUUACGUCUAUAUUUUGUAUUUGGUUAUUUAUUUUAUUUUUCGUUCACGGAAGUCGUCCAGUUUUUUUUUGUUUGGAAAGAAAAUGUUUGACUGUUCAUAAAAUAAAAUAAAACGAGAAUUAAAAAAAAGAUUUAUCCCAGACACCGACGGUAACACCGCGAUGAGGAUGUACAGUCGAGCACAAAACACACGCACACACACACGCACGCCUCCUCCUCCUCCUGAGUAGUACUUGCUGUACAACUCCCAUCCAGAAAACACGUAAAGCAGUUUUAUGAUGCCUUUUAUUAAAGGUUAUGUUGCAAAUCUU